GUCGCAUAUCCACAGCUCAGCUCACUGCUGGACCUUCCAGAGACACCACAAACAUUCAGAAAAAAUACUACUCACUGGUGGAGUACUACGCACACCCACUCUCCGGGGGAUGCUCAGUAAUGUGCAAGAACAACUUCAUCUUUGAUUGGUAGCAACAGACAGACAUAUGAACCUUCUUGCGUGCUGACUUGUUGAACUGUUCCAUCCAAAGCUCUUCUCUAGUUUUUGCAUAAUUUCCUGAAUCAGAGGUAGCUCAGGCGGCGGUGAAGAUCAGAUGUAUCUGGUGAAGGACAUCGGCGGCGCCAUCGGCCUGAUGGCGGCGGCCUUGGUGCUCCUGGGCACCUGGCCGGUCGUCCUCGCCGUGCUGGAGCACCGGGGUCGGCUGCCGCAGCACACGUACCUGGACUACUCCAUAACCAACUUCCUGGCCGCCGUGCUGAUCGCUCUCACAUUCGGCCAGAUCGGUGGCGACACGCCGGAGACGCCCAAUUUCCUCACUCAGCUCACCCGGCCCCAGGACUACUGGCCGUCGAUCAUGUUUGCGCUGGCGGGCGGCGUGGUGAUCACCCUCGGAACCGUGGCUACACAGUACGGCUGGGCAUACGUCGGGCUUUCGGUCACCGAGGUCAUGGCCUCAAGUCUCAAGGUUGUCAUAGGGACAACACUGAACUAUUUUCUGGACAGCCGGAUCAACAGGGCAGAGGUUCUCUUCCCCGGCGUCGGAUGCUUUCUGAUUGCAGCCUGCCUGGGCUCACUUGUUCACUCCUCCAAUGCUGCUGACAACCAGGAGAAGCUAUCAAACUCCAGAAACUACUCUGCUGGGAACACUGCAAAGGAAGAUCUCACCCAACACCUUGUUCAAGAAGAAGAGGAACCAAAGGAUUGUGAAGAAGCACUACCAAAUAAUAAGGCUGUGGAGAAAGCCGAGGCAGGAACAGCAGAUUUCCUCAUCGAUCUGGAGGACAAGAGAUCAAUCAAGGUUCUUGGAUCCAACACGCUGGUGGGGCUGGCGAUCGUGACGUUCGCGGGGGUGUGCUACUCGCUGUUCGCGCCGGCGUUCAACCUGGCGACCAACGACCAGUGGCACACGCUGCGCGACGGCCUGCCGCACCUCGUGGUCUACACCGCCUACUUCUACUUCUGCCUCUCCUCCCUCGUCGUCGGCGUGGCGCUCAACGUCUGGUGCCUCUACCGCCCCAUGGCCGGCGUGCCGCGGUCGACGCUGCGGGCGUACGCCGGCGACCGGGAGGGGAGGGGGCUGGCGCUGCUGGCGGGGCUGGUGUCCGGGCUGGGCAACGCGUUCACGUUCAUGGCCGGGCAGGCGGCCGGGUACGCGGCGGCGGACUCCGUGCAGGCGCUGCCGCUGGUGAGCACGCUCUGGGGCGUGGUGCUGUUCGGGGAGUACCGGAGGUCGUCGCGGAGGACCUACACGCUGCUGGGGAGCAUGCUCUUCAUGUUCGUCGUCGCCAUGGCCGUGCUCAUGGCCUCCUCCGCGCACAGGAAGCCGCUCUGACGCAACCACUGCUGCUCAUGCAUCAUCAAUGCAUGGCAACCGGGACCUUGUGUAGCAAAGACAGAGAGGCUACAAUAGUAAGCUCUUCAACGAGGAUGGAUGUUGUGUAAUUUGGACAAGUGCGAUGUAUGUCACAUCUUUUUUUUAAUGAUCCUAAUCUAUGGUCGAAGUUCGUCGGAAGUAAAAA